UAUGUGUCUGUUAUUGUCUCAGGUGGAAAGAGCAGUGGGAUAUUUGGGGAGCCAGUGGCUCCUUCGACUCAGAGCAAGCCAGUUCCCCCUGGUGGAGCAGCCAGUAACAUCUUUGCGGGUUCAGAGUCGACCCCACCUUCUGUGAAAAGUCAACAUCCCAACAAACCAAAGGACAAUUUAAGUGUGGGUGUACCUGCUACUCCAGAUCCACCAGCCCCAGUGCCUAAGAAGGAGACUGUAGUUGAGGAAGUGAAGGCGGAGCCAGUGCCCCCUCAACCAACACCUGAAAAAGAGCCAGCAGCCCCUGCACCCGCAGCCAAUCAGAAUUCUGAGCCAGCCACACAGCAACCAACAGAAAAGGACCACGAGCCACGCCUCGGACCCCGCCCUCGUUCUCACAACAAAGUGCUCAACCCACCAGGUGGAAAGUCCAGUGUGGUUUUCUAUUAGCCAUAGCCAUCAUGGUCACUUCCUUUUCUUCCAUCUGCUUUUAACCUGUACUAAAACUGAUCCUUUCUCAUUCUUUUGUUUUUUUCCCCCCUCAAGUCUGCCACUCUUCAUUCCUUUUUUGCUUCUGCACUUUUUUUUAUUUUUUAUUCAUUCCUCACUUUCCUUUUUCCUUUCCAUCUACAUAGAAUCACUGUUGCUGUCGCUCCAAAAACGGAAUGGUUAUGUUUUCUUUCAAAUGGUUUGCAUUGACGGUUGUUUCUCUAUAUGAUUAUGUUCUCUCAAUUUGCUAAUGUAUUAAAUACAAGUUUGCCUCAUGAAACUCAGCACAGUCUAUGCAGUGUUCAACUGGUACCACUGUUGGUCGCCAAAGCAAACCCUUCAGUAUCAGCGUAUUCAGAUCUUCCUUUGAAAACCAGUGAAUGUUUCUUUUGUGCAAUAAGGUGACUUCAUUUCUAAUUUUUUACUCUGCUCUUGCAAUUUUUUUUUUUUUUUUUUAAAUAAUGAG